UUUGAAACAAUAACGAAUAGACUGGUGCGACUUUUGGCGGUUCGAGUUGCUUUCAUUCAGUUUAAAGUUGAUUUGAAAAGUGUAAAAGAGUUUGUAAAGGAUGAGUGCAGCUCCUGGCAUUGAAGACUUACCCGAGUUGUUGAAGGAUGUUUCCCCAGUGUACAGAGAACCAGUCACGGAUACCGCGAUGAAAAUGAUGCAGCAUCCCGCCUAUGGAAAUCCGUAUGAAUGGUCAACUGCUGAUUUUGAAUUAGGUGCUCCAUUGGGCCGGGGAAAGUUUGGAAGAGUUUAUGUUGCUCGCGAAGUUCAUAGUCAAUUUAUGGUUGCUAUGAAAAUCAUGUUUAAGUCGGAAUUGACUAAAGGCCGAGUUGAGAGACAAGUAUUGCGUGAAAUCGAAAUUCAAUCCCGAUUGAAGCAUCCGCAUAUCCUUCGGUUGUACACGUGGUUCCACGAUGAGAAGCGGAUCUACCUUGCACUCGAAAUGGCCUCACAGGGAGAACUUUACAAACAUUUGCGCAAAUCGCCCUUUCACCGAUUUGAUGAACAUCGAUCAGCGAAGUACACUUAUCAGGUUGCUGAUGCACUAAACUACUGUCACAUGAACAAUGUAAUUCAUCGAGACUUGAAACCUGAAAACAUCCUUCUCACAGCGGACGAUAAUGUGAAAUUAGCGGAUUUCGGAUGGUCAGCACAUACAAUGUCGAAUAAGCGUAAAACAAUGUGUGGCACUUUGGAUUAUCUGCCACCCGAAAUGGUCGACGGAACAAGCUACAAUGAUUCUGUUGACCAGUGGUGCUUAGGGAUUUUGUGCUAUGAGUUCCUUGUAGGGAAUCCGCCUUUUGAAUCAGAAAAUACGGAAAGUACAUAUAAAAAGAUCUCAAGAUUAGAUAUUGUUUACCCAAAACAUUUGAGUGUCGGGGCUAAGGAUCUCAUUUCCAAAUUGUUACGUAAAUCAAGUGCAGCCCGUAUAACUUUAGUCGACGUUAUGAAGCAUCCAUGGGUGAAGGAGAACAUGAAAAAGUCUGGCCGGGAGACUGUUCUGCACAAGAAAGUCUAGUUCUUCAUUAUUGAUCUCUGGAAUGAUUAUAUUUAUGCUUUUCAGUAAGUUUUUAAUUUGUUUUGUUAAGCUAAGUUAAGUUUUGGAAUAUUCAAAUUGUAAGCCGAUAAAAUUGUAUCAUUUAAUCAUAAUAAAAUAUUUUAACUUACUUUUGUGCAUUCUGGUA